AACUAUAUAGCAAUAGCAGAAUGUCACAAACGAGACUUGCACAUUUUCUGCUCUUGCUAAUACUAUUUUUAAAGCCCGCUAUAAGUUUUCGUUGUGAUCGUCGACCCUACGGUUCUACGUCUUUGGCGUCUCCCUCGGAUGGCCGAUUUCAGUUAAAUAUUAUCGGCACUGACGAUACGUACCUACCGGAAGAAGUGUAUACUAUUCAAAUUACAAGAACGGAUGACGAAUCUGAAUUUACGGCGUUCAUGCUGUCAGCUGAAGGUGAUUUAAAGCAGGACCCGAGGAAUCCAAGGAGGAUGUUGGCUCAAAAUCCAGGUGAACUGAGACCGCAAAGCCAAGCAUCUGGAAAAUAUAGUGAUCGCUGUUUGUAUUCAGUGGAGCAAGCCAGCUAUAAUACAAAAUCUUCUGUAGAAGUGUAUUGGGAAGCUCCUCCAGCAGGCAGCGGGUGCGUGACCAUCCGAGCUAUGGUUGCCGAAAGCCAGGAGGUCUGGUUUGAAGACGGGGCUCCGCUGACUCGUAAACUGUGCGAGGACAUGCGCCAACCUGACGAUGUGUCUCCGAACCUUAACUACGAAUGUAACAUUUGUGAUGAGGCUAAAUAUCAGGUUACAUUUACGGGUAUCUGGUCUCGUAACAUUCAUCCGCGACUAUACCCAGAAAGCGACUGGUUGCCGCGCUACAGUGACUUAAUUGGGGCGUCCCAUGCGACUGAUUUUGUGCUUUGGGCGCCUGGGGAGCUGGCUUCCGAUGGUCUGAGACAACUGGCCGAGCAUGCCAACAGUAGCAAGUUAGAAGCUGAGAUACGGGAAAAGAUUGGUGAUGGCGUGCGGACAGUUAUCAAAGCAAAAGGUCACGGUUACAAAAAGAUGGACAAUCCAUCUCAUGCAUUCUUCCGAGCCGACAAAGUCAACCACUUGAUCACCACCGCCGUGGCGAUGUACCCGUCUCCCGACUGGUUCCUAGGAGUGACCAGGUUUGAGUUGUGUCAGGAAGGCAACACCUGGCUUCAAGAAAAAGAACUAAAUUUGUAUCCGUGGGAUGCUGGGACUGAUAGCGGAGUGUCUUAUGAGUCCCCAAACAUAGAGACGUAUCCUCAAGACGCCAUUGGCAGGGUCCAAAUGAGCUCAUACGAUAAAAACUCACCAUUCUAUGGAAUCGAUGUGAAGGAUGUCCACCCAUUCGGAAGGAUCCGUAUUCAAUUAAUAAGGACGUACAAACGAGAUUGUGAAGAAUCUACAGAAGAAAAGGAAGAAGAAGAAGAAAAGCCUAAGGAACCCGAAAGUGGGGAAGAGAAAACAGAUUCCGAAAGUCAAGAACCAGACGAGCCCUCCAGGUAUCAAAACCCUGACAUAGCUAGCGACGAACACGGCCGUUCAAGCGAGAUACCUCUAGACCAAGACCCAGAAUCAACAGAAGAAUGUCCUAUGACGCAAUGGCUGGAGUGGAGCCCCUGCGAAGGUCUCUGCGAGGACGGCACGCUCACAGGCUAUAAAUGGCGGGAACGCUACCAUCUGGUGGAUGGGUUGCCAAUCGAGAUGUAUGACCCUAAUGAAAAACAUCCAAGCAAGAAAGAAGUUCCAACAUACUGCAAGACCCAUUUCGAGGAUUUCGAGCGCAUGGAAUGCGAGGAACCGUGUACGGAAGAAGGGGAAAGAACUGAAGUCACUGCUGAACGUAGACGGAACAUGAUCAUUCCUGGACACCCGUGGGGCUCAAGAAAACGAGAACUUUUCAACAAAAAGAACAUCAGAUCUUUGUUGUAAACUAUGUUCCAACUAGAUUUAAGAUA